CACGCCACCCACAUCAGACGGUGCAGUCCCUGCGCGCCUUAUAUAUAUAUAUAUAUAUAUCAGGGCUUAUACCGGAGGUCCGGAAGGCUUGCUUGGACGACUUCUUCGUCUUUAGUCCCUCACUCGAUCUCGACCUCUCUCUCUCUCCCUGGCCCAACGCACGGCAUCUUACUUACCUCAUCCUUCACUAUGGUUUUCCUCCCCAUCAACACCCUCCUCGUGGCACUCGCCGCACCCCUAGCCAGCCAAGGGGUCGCAAGCAACCACUUCAACCUCGGCGCGCGCGCCACCCAGCCGCUGGGCGGGGGCGUCGCGCUGCGGAUCAUGCCUCUCGGCGCGUCCAUCACGUACGGGCAGGCGUCGUCGGACGGCAACGGCUACCGGCAGGCGCUGCGCACGCAGGUGGCGGCGGCGGGCAACCCGGUCAACAUGGUCGGGUCGCGGCGGGCGGGCACCAUGGCGGACAACGACGUGGAGGGCUGGUCGGGCUACCGCAUCGAGCAGGUGCACGUCAAGGCGAUGGCGAGCGUGUCGGCGCCCACGUGGAAGCCCAACGUGGUGCUGAUCAACGCCGGCACCAACGACGCGGCGCAGAACUUCAACGUCAGCAGCGCCGGCGCCCGCAUGGAGGCCAUGAUCCGCGACCUGUGGCGCGUCAGCCCGCGCGCCGUCAUCGUGCUCAGCACGCUGUUGGUGAAUAAGAACGCCAACACGGAGGGCAACGUGCUGGCCAUCAACAGGCAGCUCAAGGACCUGGCGGGCAAGCUCCGGGACGCCGAGAAGAGGAAGCUGGUGCUGGUCGACAUGCACAGCGAUGCCGGGCCCGGCACCUCGGAUCUGGCGGAUGACACCCACCCUAACGAUGUGGGAUAUCGCAAGAUGGCGAGUGUGUGGUUUGCCGGCCUCGUUGCGGCCAGCGAUGCUGGUUGGCUGCAAGCGCCCGAGCCGGUGCAGGGUGUGCCGGACAACGGGGCGCGGUGAGGGCGGGGGUAAUAGUACCCAGUAAUGAACGGUGGUUGGUUGGUUAAUAAUAAUGUGCCCUCAGGAAGGGAAGGAGCGCAAGAACGGUC